AUGAACCUUUUAUUCUUGCAAUGCAAGCAACACAAGUGUUAUGUCCCAUCUCCUAGCAAGAAAAAGGACAAGAUUGAUUGGCUAGCCGUAUUGAAGGUUAAACCUCGUAAUGUUGUGGAAUUACCUGAUGAGAAAGUGGCACCAACUCCAGAACUAAAUGUUCCAUUUCAAGUCAAUGAAGUUGAAGUCCAUGAGAUAGAUAUGAAUGUUUCUGUUGAUGAAGAAAUACUCUUACAUGAUUUAAAUGUGGGUGUACUUGAAAUGGAAGAACCCAUUGAUGGGUUACAUCCAAAGUAUCAUGAAAUCCUUGGAGAAUCUACAGAGGAGGAGUAUGAAACUAAGGAGGAGUAUGAAUCUGAAGAAACUGAGGAGAAUGAGGAAGAAUUUGAAGAAGAUUUAGAUAGUGACUACUGGUUAUUCUCAACUAUUGUGACUUCUUCCUCUUCUCUUCGACUGCUGCAACUAGUAAGACGUGUUGUAGUAGCUGCAAUGAUAUCUUNGAGAACAGUUAUUACUCUUACUCCUACAGGAUUGGAGCCUUCUUCGACAUGCUCUACUUUCAUAGCUAAGUCUUUCAAAAAUGAACUUGAUCCCAAUGGAAUCAAUUGGAAAGGUGUCUCGCAACCUGUAAAAGAUUUUUAUUUUGGAGAAUUCAAGAAGGAAUUCUAUUGGGACUCUUCAACUAAUGAAAAUGCAGUGAAAAGACAAUGGGAGAUUAAGGCAUCACUACGAUAUAGCGAUUUUAUUUCCAGAAUAAAAAAGAACGGAACUAAUCCCGGAUAUGUAACUGAUAUUGUGUGGGAAAAUUGGAUGAGGCUUUGGCAAGCUCUUGAGAAUGUUGCAAAGUCAGAAAAAAAUAAAAAAAUUUGUCGUGGAGGAAGAGAAGAUGCUGUCGGAACUCAUACAGGUGGAUCUAUCUCUAUUGGGGAGCAUCGUAAGAAACUUGCUAUUGAAAAGGGUCGAGACCCAACACCAAGUGAGCUCCAUUUGCACGUCCACACACAUGAUCACGAUGGAAAAUCUUUUGUUGAUGAGCGAGCACGAAUUGUUCAUGAAAGAUAUGAAGAAAUAUUACAUGAGAAAAUUGAGUCUGAAUCUGAUAUUGAUCAACAUGACGCAUAUUAUCAAGCUGCAGGUGGAGAAAAGAAGAGAAGAAUAUAUGGUCUUGGAACUCAAGAAAAAAGUUACUACGGACCAAAUCUUUCUAUCCCUUCUCAAUCUGAUGCUUCAUCAUCAAUACCACCAUCUGUUUCUCAAUGUGCACCGAUGGAAAAUAUGGAUGAGUUCGUGAAGAAAUUGAUUCCUACAUUGACUGAUCACAUGAUUCCUAUAUUACUUGAGCGCAUAGAAGGUGUAACUUCUUUACCAUCACAUCAAUCAACUGAUACUCCUAUUGGUGACGCAUCAUCAACAACACCUAUGGUGCCUAAUAAGGUUGUUUCAGAUGAUGACCAUAUUUCUUCUCCCUAG